ACAUCAGGUGUUUGUGUAUCAUACCUCUUUUUUUUUAGUAAUCUUCUUCAGUAACUAUCAACCAUAAUGAAGUGUAGCUCGAUCGUCUUUACCGUUGCCGUCGUUUUGGCGGUGACGCUGAACAGCAAAGCCUCGGCCGAAGCUCCCACAGAACGUCAACAGCCUCUAGAAACCAAUGCAGCCCUCAACACACUCUUUGAUGAGCUCCCAGGAGAGACGCACCAUACCGCGAUAGAGCACAAUCGAGCGAAGCGGGCAACUUGUGAUUUAGCCAGUGGAUUUGGAGUUGGGAGCUCUCUCUGUGCCGCGCACUGCAUUGCCAAACGCUACCGAGGUGGAUAUUGCAACCGGAAGCGAGUUUGUGUCUGCCGGAGAUGAAUUGACCCAACAACGAUCUACGAACUUGACAGGCGGUUUCUGUA